CGCGCAGCAGGGACAGAUAGUGAGUUAUUUACGUGCCCGCUGAACGACUCUGCCCUACUGUGCGGAACCAGAUGUGAAGAAUGGCAGAUGCACUUGCCAAGGUGAGAUCGAAAUUUGUGGAAAAAGCGUCCAAAGAGCUCAUCAACCAGCUCCUGGACCUCCUUUUAGAGGAUCGCAUCCUGAAUGAUGGCGAGAAAGACUCUAUCAUCGAGGAAAACAACAGCAGAGCAAACCGUGCACGCUGCCUCAUCGACACAGUGAAGAAGAAAGGAGACAUUCCCAGCCAGAAGAUGAUCGCUCACAUUCAAACCAAAGAUCCCACCCUUUACUGUGAACUGGGCCUGUCCUGUGGUAACUAUGCUGCAGAGACAAAGUCAGACACACUCGUCCCCAUCACUGAGACAUUCUGGAGGGAGAAACAGAAUAACACAGAGAUUUACCCCGUGACCAAAGCUAACAUGGGGAGUCGCGUGGCCCUGCUCAUCACUAAUAUCACUUUCCGUGUGGAGAAAUACAACAGAAAUGGAGCCAAGAAAGAUGAGGAGAACAUGGAGGGACUGCUCACUGAGCUGGGCUAUGAGGUGGUGAAACACACAGACCUCACUGCAAAGGCCAUAGGUCGAGCACUCAUCGACUUUUCGGCGCUGCCAAAGCUCAAAGCGACGGACAGCGUGGUGGUGGUGAUCAUGUCUCACGGGAAGCUGGGAACCGUCCAUGGCGUUGAAUGGAAACCUGGGGAUGAAAAUCCUGACGAGUUUCCCAUCAAAAACCUUUACAGACACUUGGGCUCAGAGGAAUGUCCAGCACUGCUGAACAAACCGAAAAUCAUCAUCAUCCAGGCCUGCAGAGGAGGACACAGUGGAUCCGUGCUCGUCAGCGAUGGUCCUUCAGUAUCUGACGGAGGAGACAUAAAGGAAGAUACUUUGCAAGUUGUCCAUAGAGAAAAAGACUUCAUCUCUCUUCUGUCCUGCACUCCUGAUACAGUCUCCUACAGACACACAGGCCAAGGCUCUUUUCUUAUCCAGUACAUCGUGUCACAAUUCAAGAAAACUGCCCACGAGGACGACGUCGAGGAACUUUUCAGAAAAGUCAUGCGGCAAUUUGAAGAUAACGGCCCUGGUGACAGAAAGCAGAUGCCGACCAAAGACAGAUGCACGCUCACAAAGCGCUUCUACUUUUUCCCGGGUCUCAACGCUCUCUGAGACAAACAUGGUAGCCACAGUUCAAAUAAUCGACUUUGUUUUUGACACCAUGAUGGAGUCUUAAAUGAGACACAUUUAAAAGAGAGUGCUUUGGGGUUUUCCUUGACUUUUCUUAUUUUUAUUUUUAGCUUAGAAUCUUGUCUGAGUUUUUAAGAGAUGCAUUUUUGUUUUGGUCGGUUUUGAAUUCAAAUUCUCUUGUGUCUCGUCUUAAGAGCCGCCAUGACAGACAUGUCGAUCGUUACCUGGCAAAAAGAGACAGAACCUCGGACCUAGAACUUUUCCAGAAGUAGUUAUGAACUGAAAACACUCUUUUUUAAAAUCACUUCCUUUAUAUGAUCAUGUGUCAACUUUUAAAUUUUUAAAUAAAGGGAAAAUACAACUUUA